CUUCUACAUAAACCCCCCAUUUUCGAUAUUACUUCAUCUCUGAAUAUCGUUUUCGAGUAGGCUUACCGAUUCAUUGUCAUGCCGGAGCCUGCGAAGUCUGCGCCCAAGAAGGGCUCGAAGAAGGCCGUUACUAAAACUGCUGGAAAAGGUGGAAAGAAACGCAAAAGGACAAGGAGGGAGAGUUACGCAAUCUACGUGUACAAGGUCCUGAAGCAGGUCCACCCUGACACCGGUAUCUCCUCUAAGGCGAUGGGCAUCAUGAACUCGUUCGUGAACGACAUCUUCGAGCGCAUCGCUGGAGAGGCUUCCCGCUUGGCUCACUACAACAAGAGGUCCACCAUCACCUCCAGGGAGAUCCAGACCGCAGUACGUCUGCUUCUGCCCGGUGAGCUGGCCAAGCACGCCGUGUCCGAGGGAACGAAGGCCGUCACAAAGUACACCAGCUCUAAGUAAACAGCAAUUCCAUUCUUUCACCACCAUACCAAAAGGCUCUUCUAAGGGCCACCCAACUUCUUAAAAAGCAAGUGUUAAAAAAAGAG